GUUUUUACCCAGUGUGCCUUAUUUCCUCAGACGCCACUUAGCUGGAGACCGCGGGAAUGGAAGUGUCGUGGAAGUCGAUGUGGGAUGCAGAGCGAAAUAAAAUAGUGAAAAUGCAUCGGAAGCAAUGUUUUAUUUAUUAAAGCCAGUUGGACUCAGGGUUGUAGUCGGUUGCAACAUUGUAACGUGCCGAUUGUGAUUGUCAAGUUAUCGCAGCAACUGAAUGUGGGCUAGCGGUCGUUUCUUUAUAAUUUAACGGCAAUAAAAUGGAUUCAUUUUUUUGCGCUUUGAUGCAGUGAUGUUCAUAUAGUAUCUGAAUAUCAACGAUCUCUACAUUAUGGCAACACUAUCAAACGGCACAAGUAAAACACUAAUGUUAAUUGUAGCAUAUGCUACUCGUUAGCAUGACAGACUCUGUCAACCCAACAAUAUAAAUAAUAAUUUAAUCAGGCUGUUUUACCAUUUCUGUUAUUUAAUCUUUAUUAUUUAUACACUGAUUAUAAAUGUCACAAAUAUGGAUCUAUUCGUAGCUUCCUGGCUAAAAUGGAAGUUACAAGAGGAAAUGCCCGCGUUGGCACAUUAUCUUCAUUUAAAGAGAUAGUUAACCCCAAAAUAAAAAUUGUCAUCAUUUACUCGCCCUCAGGUUGUUUCAAACCUAUUUAAAUGUCUUUGUGUUAAACACAAAGAUAGAUAUUUGUAAGAAUGUUAGCAAUUUUCAGCUCUGUGACAUCAUCCACUACCAUAGUAGGACAAACAUUGUAUAUUUUGUAAUUCUGUUGAACACAAAGUGAGAUAUUUUGAAGAAUUUAGGAACACAAACAGUUCUGGGGCACUUUUGACUACCAUUAAAUGUAUGGAAGUCAAUGAUGUCACAGAAUUGAAAAUUGCUAACAUUCUUCCAAAUAUCUUUCUCUGUGUUAAAAAAAAAUUUUUUUAGGGUGAACUAUCACUUUAAUAAUACCCGAGACGCAACCACUGAUGGACGCAACAUGGUUCUACGUUUGCGGAAUUUUGACGUUCUUACGAAAAAUGAACAGCGUGCAUGUCACACAAUAGUACAAGCUGUACAGUUCUUCACAAUAUAGCACAUGUAGCGCUAACCUGUUACUAUGACAAGCUAUUCAUUGAAAUAAAUAUAUUUUUAUAUGUAUAAUAUUUUUAUAUUAUAAUAAAUAUUUUAAAACUUUUAAAAUAAGUUAUUACAUGAUGAAAUUAUAUUAAAUAAAAAUGGUAAAAAUACACAAAUAUAAGGUAAUUAAAUAAAUAGAUGCAUAAUAGAUUUUGACGGGUAGUUUUUAUGCACAGCAGGUUAUACAAAUUUCAGAAUGUUUCUAAGUUGCAACAGCUUUAACAGUGUAAUGCAGAAUAAUGUGUAUUUACUGUGCCUUACAAUAAGACCGUGUUGUUACAUGUUUAUGAACAUAAAAACAUUUAUUGUUGCCUAGUUGCACAGGUAGAUCAUGCUCUUAGCCCAGGUGAAUCGAGACACCCAGGGCAUGGAGUUUCAAAGUGUUGAUGGGGAUCCACAGCAGGUCACCCUUUGCUUGACGGAGGCAGUAACAGUAGCAGAUGACAACAUCGAAGGGAUAGAUACUGUGAGUUUGCAGGCAGUGACUCUGGUGGAUGGCUCCACAGCAUACAUUCAACAUAGCCCCAAAGAAAACAAGAUAAUGGAAGGACAAGUGAUCCAGUUGGAGGAUGGAUCUGCCGCAUAUGUCCAGCAUCUACCAAUGUCUAAAACAGGUGGAGAAGGAUUACGGCUAGAGGAUGGACAGGCUGUGCAACUGGAAGAUGGAACAACUGCCUACAUUCAUGCCCCAAAAGAAACGUACGAUCAGGGCAGUUUACAGGCGGUUCAGUUAGAGGAUGGCACCACUGCAUAUAUACAGCAUAUGCCACAAUCCAACACCAUUUUAGCCAUCCAGGCAGAUGGCACGGUAGCAGAUUUGCAGACGGAGGGUACCAUUGAUGCUGAGACCAUCAGUGUGCUGGAGCAAUACUCUACAAAGAUGGAGGCUACAGAAUGUAGCACAGGGCUACUCGGUCGUAGGGACUCUGAUGGUGUCCAUAUGCAGAUUGUACUGCAGGGUCAGGACUGCAGGUCACCUAGAAUUCAACAUGUUGGGGAAAAGGCCUUCCGAUGUGAACAUGAAGGAUGUGGAAAACUCUAUACCACUGCUCAUCAUCUAAAGGUACACGAAAGGUCGCAUACGGGAGACAAGCCGUACAUUUGCGACCAGAUAGGAUGUGGAAAGAAAUUUGCAACAGGUUAUGGCCUUAAGAGUCACAUCCGAACACACACUGGAGAGAAACCAUAUCGCUGUCAGGAACUCAACUGCCUCAAGUCUUUCAAAACAUCCGGAGACCUACAAAAACACACACGGACACAUACAGGUGAAAAGCCAUUUAAAUGUCCAUUUGAAGGUUGUGGAAGAUCGUUCACCACAUCCAACAUUCGCAAGGUUCACAUCCGUACUCACACAGGCGAGAGGCCAUAUUACUGCUCUGAGCCCAACUGCGGAAGGGCCUUCGCAAGUGCCACAAACUACAAAAACCACAUGAGAAUUCACACAGGAGAGAAGCCUUACGUUUGCACUGUGCCUGGCUGUGACAAACGCUUCACAGAGUACUCCAGCCUGUACAAGCACCAUGUGGUUCAUACACCCUGCAAACCCUACAACUGUAAUCACUGCGGAAAGACGUAUAAGCAAAUCUCCACCCUGGCCAUGCAUAAACGUACAGCUCAUAAUGACACAGAGCCCAUAGAGGAAGAACAAGAAGGCUAUUUUGAGCCUCCUGCAGAGGCCGUUGAUGAUCCUGGGUUAAUGUAUACACCUACAGAGGUGGAGGAUGACUCUGGGUCCGAGCAGGUAUUGGGUGGAUCAGAGGUCACACGACAACAUCAUGUGGCUCUUAUAUCCCAUGAUGGCACACAACAGGUUCUUUCUCAGGCAGAUAUGCAGGCUAUGGGUGGCACGAUAACCAUGGUAACACAAGAGGGAACCACCAUAACUAUCCCAGCACAUGAAGCAAUGCUUUCGUCAGGAGGGGCACAUUCUGUUACCAUGGUUUCUGCAGAUGGCACAGAGGGACAGGUGGCGAUUGUGACACCAGACCUGUCUGCGUACCAGACAGAAGACGGGGAGCUUGUGCAGGAUCAUGAACAGCACAUAGUUUCCACAAGCCAACACCCAGUCACACUGCUGGCUACCUCUAAUGGCACACACAUUGCUGUCCAGCUGAGUGAUCAACCCUCCCUAGAAGAAGCCAUCAGAAUAGCAUCAAGAAUACAGCAAGGAGAAACCCCUGGAAUGGAAGAUUAAGUUAUGUAACUUAUUGCCACUAUGAACUAAACUCCUCAAGGUUGUGUCUGAGUGUGUGUGUGUGUGUGUAUGUGUGUGUGUGAGUAUUAAAAACCUGUCAAGCAUCAUAUUUUUUUUUAAAUGCUGACAUCACGAUUGUUAUAAAAAAAUGGAAGAUAUUUUUGUGUGUAUAUGUACAUAACUGUUUUAAGACUAGAGUUUUUUUCUGUAUAUAUUUGAUUAUGCUAUUUUUUGCAAUCUGCUGAUAAAAUGAACAGAAUUAUAAUUAGAAA